UUCUCUCAUUUCUGUCUCUUUCUUCAAGUGCAAGGUAUCUGUUCGCAUUCCCCAAACUCAAAAUCUAUAUCAGAAGUGUUAAUUUGUAGCAAAUGGAAUACAAACAAAUAUGGAUACCAUGCUUUGUGAUGGUCAAAUGGUGAUGUAUAAGUUGGAGGCUGCCGAAGCUAUGGCUUCGAACUCCACCGUGCGCGGCGGCGCUUUGGGUUCCAGACGACAGAGUCAGCGAGGGAAGACUGAGAUUUCCUCUCUUGAGGCUGAGAAGGAAGCACAAAGGCGGCAUCGUAUCUUAGCAAAUAGAGAGUUUGCUAGGAAGACAAUUCGCCGGAGAGAGGCUACUUACGCAGAAUUAAACAGAAAAGCAGCUAAUCUGUCACUGGAGAGAGAGAAUUUGAACAAGGAGAAGGAGAUGGUGGUGAAGGAGCUCGAUCACUUAAAAAACAUAAAUGAAUGCCUCAAAGCAAAGGAGGGUAAAAUAGAGGCAGAAGAAGCAGAAUUUGAAAAAGAGUUGAAGAAGUCGGUUCAAGUAUCUAUCUCUAAGCCUACAAACAUUCUUACUUUCCCUUACAACUACCCUUCUGUUUCGCCUUACCUUUGGCCAGCCAUUGUUCCACCUUCAGAUAAUGCAUUCGGGAUACAAGGUUCCUCUCACUCUGAUAUCACAAUUUCAUCUCAAUUUCCUAUUCCCUUGCGGGAUGGUAUAUUAGGUUCAUUUCAAGAUCAAGAACAUGCCACUCAGAUCAAGAAACAAGGAACUUCCUUGUUAGUAGUGCCCUUACCUCUGUUGUCUCCUUUUCACACAGCGAGUACUACACUUCAUUCUAUGAUAGGUCCCAACAGCAAUCCUUCGUGUUCAGAAACUGGGACACAUUCUGAUCAGAACUAUGAGUUAACAUCAUCCCAGAAAAUGAAAUCUGAAGCUUCUAACUCUAUGGAAAAUAUCGCUACAAACCACCUUAUGCCCUCAAGACAGAGUUUUACAAAAUCUGUCACGAGUCCUGGACCGAGUAAAAGUUCCCAGUUAUACAACACUAAAGUCGAAGCUGUUCCAUCUGCCACUAGAUGUGCCGCACAGGACUUAUCAGCCAAAUACCUCAAACCAGUUAUACUCUCUAGUAAGAAGCCUGGAAAUGCUAAUGCCUCAGCUGUGGCGAGGAGGAGGAGGAAGGAAUUGAUUAAGCUAAGUAAUACUCAUUUUCAUCACAAGGGAUCCCGAGUAAUGUUGGAGUAGAUCAGGAUCCAAAUAGGCUGAGGGAUGAUGUUGCUUAUCCGUGAGCACGGCACUUAAAUUUCUAGUCAAGGUUUUCUGUUUUGAAUCCGUGGAGAUCAUAGGCAUUACUAUUCAGGAUCAUGCAUAUUUUGGUAGUUAUAUUCACGGAGAAGUUCAGGUUAGGCACUUUGUGAGCUAGAUUACUACUCUGCCGGACCACUUAAUUUUGAAUGUAACCAUGGAUUUCAUUUGACGAUCUCAAUAUCAAGUGUUUGUGUGCCACUUAAUUAUCAUAUAGAUCCUAGGAUUACUACUGA